AUGGGUGUCAAGCACCCUCAACUCUCCACCGAGUUUAAACUCGAGUCACGCGGCAUCACAAAGUAUUACGUGUUCCAGUGUUCUCCCGCAUGGCGCGGCUUGUUCUGGUGGUUCUUGAAAGUGGCAAGCGGCCGUUCCUCGCCAGAUAAGGGAGGUGCUCUGUGCAACACCCUUGUGCAGAAGUAUUACGUGUUCCAGUGUUCUCCCGCAUGGCGCGGCUUGUUCUGGUGGUUCUUGAAAGUGGCAAGCGGCCGUUCCUCGCCAGAUAAGGGAGGUGCUCUGUGCAACACCCUUGUGCAGAAGUAUUACGUGUUCCAGUGUUCUCCCGCAUGGCGCGGCUUGUUCUGGUGGUUCUUGAAAGUGGCAAGCGGCCGUUCCUCGCCAGAUAAGGGAGGUGCUCUGUGCAACACCCUUGUGCAGAAGUAUUACGUGUUCCAGUGUUCUCCCGCAUGGCGCGGCUUGUUCUGGUGGUUCUUGAAAGUGGCAAGCGGCCGUUCCUCGCCAGAUAAGGGAGGUGCUCUGUGCAACACCCUUGUGCAGAAGUAUUACGUGUUCCAGUGUUCUCCCGCAUGGCGCGGCUUGUUCUGGUGGUUCUUGAAAGUGGCAAGCGGCCGUUCCUCGCCAGAUAAGGGAGGUGCUCUGUGCAACACCCUUGUGCAGAAGUAUUACGUGUUCCAGUGUUCUCCCGCAUGGCGCGGCUUGUUCUGGUGGUUCUUGAAAGUGGCAAGCGGCCGUUCCUCGCCAGAUAAGGGAGGUGCUCUGUGCAACACCCUUGUGCAGAAGUAUUACGUGUUCCAGUGUUCUCCCGCAUGGCGCGGCUUGUUCUGGUGGUUCUUGAAAGUGGCAAGCGGCCGUUCCUCGCCAGAUAAGGGAGGUGCUCUGUGCAACACCCUUGUGCAGAAGUAUUACGUGUUCCAGUGUUCUCCCGCAUGGCGCGGCUUGUUCUGGUGGUUCUUGAAAGUGGCAAGCGGCCGUUCCUCGCCAGAUAAGGGAGGUGCUCUGUGCAACACCCUUGUGCAGAAGUAUUACGUGUUCCAGUGUUCUCCCGCAUGGCGCGGCUUGUUCUGGUGGUUCUUGAAAGUGGCAAGCGGCCGUUCCUCGCCAGAUAAGGGAGGUGCUCUGUGCAACACCCUUGUGCAGAAGUAUUACGUGUUCCAGUGUUCUCCCGCAUGGCGCGGCUUGUUCUGGUGGUUCUUGAAAGUGGCAAGCGGCCGUUCCUCGCCAGAUAAGGGAGGUGCUCUGUGCAACACCCUUGUGCAGAAGUAUUACGUGUUCCAGUGUUCUCCCGCAUGGCGCGGCUUGUUCUGGUGGUUCUUGAAAGUGGCAAGCGGCCGUUCCUCGCCAGAUAAGGGAGGUGCUCUGUGCAACACCCUUGUGCAGAAGUAUUACGUGUUCCAGUGUUCUCCCGCAUGGCGCGGCUUGUUCUGGUGGUUCUUGAAAGUGGCAAGCGGCCGUUCCUCGCCAGAUAAGGGAGGUGCUCUGUGCAACACCCUUGUGCAGAAGUAUUACGUGUUCCAGUGUUCUCCCGCAUGGCGCGGCUUGUUCUGGUGGUUCUUGAAAGUGGCAAGCGGCCGUUCCUCGCCAGAUAAGGGAGGUGCUCUGUGCAACACCCUUGUGCAGAAGUAUUACGUGUUCCAGUGUUCUCCCGCAUGGCGCGGCUUGUUCUGGUGGUUCUUGAAAGUGGCAAGCGGCCGUUCCUCGCCAGAUAAGGGAGGUGCUCUGUGCAACACCCUUGUGCAGAAGUAUUACGUGUUCCAGUGUUCUCCCGCAUGGCGCGGCUUGUUCUGGUGGUUCUUGAAAGUGGCAAGCGGCCGUUCCUCGCCAGAUAAGGGAGGUGCUCUGUGCAACACCCUUGUGCAGAAGUAUUACGUGUUCCAGUGUUCUCCCGCAUGGCGCGGCUUGUUCUGGUGGUUCUUGAAAGUGGCAAGCGGCCGUUCCUCGCCAGAUAAGGGAGGUGCUCUGUGCAACACCCUUGUGCAGAAGUAUUACGUGUUCCAGUGUUCUCCCGCAUGGCGCGGCUUGUUCUGGUGGUUCUUGAAAGUGGCAAGCGGCCGUUCCUCGCCAGAUAAGGGAGGUGCUCUGUGCAACACCCUUGUGCAGAAGUAUUACGUGUUCCAGUGUUCUCCCGCAUGGCGCGGCUUGUUCUGGUGGUUCUUGAAAGUGGCAAGCGGCCGUUCCUCGCCAGAUAAGGGAGGUGCUCUGUGCAACACCCUUGUGCAGAAGUAUUACGUGUUCCAGUGUUCUCCCGCAUGGCGCGGCUUGUUCUGGUGGUUCUUGAAAGUGGCAAGCGGCCGUUCCUCGCCAGAUAAGGGAGGUGCUCUGUGCAACACCCUUGUGCAGAAGUAUUACGUGUUCCAGUGUUCUCCCGCAUGGCGCGGCUUGUUCUGGUGGUUCUUGAAAGUGGCAAGCGGCCGUUCCUCGCCAGAUAAGGGAGGUGCUCUGUGCAACACCCUUGUGCAGAAGUAUUACGUGUUCCAGUGUUCUCCCGCAUGGCGCGGCUUGUUCUGGUGGUUCUUGAAAGUGGCAAGCGGCCAUUCCUCGCCAGAUAAAGGGUUUUGGUGUACAGAUCGAGCAAACUCUGGCGGCAAGUUGUAAAACGUGUUUCAGCAGUACGAUGCUGGGUUGCACCGAAGCGGAAUUAGCGUCUGUCUUGCAGAUAGUCGUCUUAAGGUCAUGCGUUCAAUCUCUAUUACGGUUGUAAUAUUAAUAAGACCUAAUGCUUUGCUUAAGUUCAUCUGCAUUGAUUAUAUUUUCUGUAAAAUGGCUGCAAAUACCUAAUCUGAGCGUGCGUAAGUAAGGCGCCAGAAGACGUAGCUGUAAACUGGAGAUCAACUGCCUAAAUGAAGAGAAGAUAACAAAGCUUAACUGUGAUUUAUUCAACAACUUUCGUGAAUCGAAUGAGCGAGGGCGUGCGUGCAUGGGGCAUUGAAAUACAGAAUAAGAG